UGUACUCGCUGUGUCCGGCCCCGGGGGUACAGGAGGGCCGGUACAGGAGGGCCAUCCUCCGUGUUCAGUGUCCGGCCCUGGGGGUACAGGAGGGCCAGGGUACAGGGAGGGCAUCCUCCGUGGUCAGUGUCCGCCCCUGGGGGGAUACAGGAGGGCCAUCCUCCGUGGUUCAGUGUCCGCCCUGGGGGUACAGGGAGGGCAGGGAGGCCAUCCUCCGUGGUCCAGUGUCGGCCCCUGGGGAUACAGGAGAGCCAUCCUCCGUGGUCCAGUGUCUGGCCCCGGGGUACAAGAGGCCAGGGUACAGGGAGGGCCAUCCUCCGUGGUCCAGUGUCCGGCUCCGGGGGUACAGGAGGCCAGGGUACAGGAGGGCCAUCCUCCGUGGUCCAGUGUCCGGCCCCGGGAUACAGGAGGGCAUCCUCCGUGGUCAGUGUCUGGCCCUGGGGGUCAGGAGGGCCAUCCUCGUGGUCCAGUGUCGGCCCGGGGGAUACAGGGAGGGCUAGGUACAGAGGCCAUCCUCGUGGUCAGUGUCGGCCCGGGGAUACAGGAGGGCAUCUCUCCGUGGUCAGUGUCCGCCUGGGGUACAAGAGGGGCGGGGUACAGAGGGCCAUCUCCGUGGUCAGUGUCCGGCUCCGGGGUACAGAGGGCAGGUACAGGAGGGCCAUCCUCCGUGGUCAGUGUCCGCCCUGGGGAUAGGAGGGCCAUCCUCCGUGGUCAGUGUCCGCCCCGGGGGUACAGGAGGGCCAUCUCCGUGGUCGUGUCCGGCCCGGGGAUACAGGAGGGCCAUCCUCCGUGGUCCAGUGUCCGGCCCCGGGGGUACAAGAGGGCCAGGGUACAGGAGGGCCAUCCUCCGUGGUCAGUGUCCGGCCCCGGGGAUACAGGAGGGCCAUCCUCCGUGGUCAAUGUCCGGCCCCGGGUGUCCGGCCCCGGGGGUACAGGAGGCCAGGGUGCAGGAGGGCCAUCCUCCGUGGUCAGUGUCCGGCCCGGGGGGCAGGAGGGCCAUCCUCCGUGGUCAGUGUCCGCCCUGGGGUACAGGAGGGCCAUCCUCCGUGGUCCAGUGUCCGCCCUGGGGAUACAGGGGAGGCCAGGGUACAGGAGGGCCAUCCUCCGUGGUCCAGUGUCCGCUCGGGGACACAGGGAGGCCAUCCUCCGUGUCCAGUGUCCGGCCCCGGGGGAUACAGGAGGGCCAUCUCUGUGGUCCAGUGUCUGCCCUGGGGGUACAGGAGGGCAUCCUCCGUGGUCAGUGUCCGGCCCUGGGGGAUACAGGAGGGCCAUCUCUCGUGGUCCAGUGUCCGCCCUGGGGUACAAGAGGGCUAGGGUACAGGAGGGCCAUCCUCCGUGGUCAGUGUCGGCCCUGGGGCAGGGAGGCCAUCCUCCGUGGUCAGUGUCUGCCCCGGGGGUACAAGAGGCCAGGGUACAGGAGGGCCAUCCUCCGUGGUCAGUGUCUGCCCUGGGAUACAGGAGGGCCAUCCUCCGUGGUCAGUGUGCGCCCCGGAGGUACAAGAGGGCCAGGGUGAGGGCAUCUCCGUGGUCAGUGUCGCUCGGGAUACAGGGGCCAUCUCUGUGGUCAGUGUCGCUCUGGGGGUACAGGAGGGCCAGGGUACAGGAGGCCAUCCUCCGUGGUCAGUGUCCGGCCCCGGGAUACAGGAGGGCCAUCCUCCGUGGUCCAGUGUCCGGCCCCGGGGUACAAGAGGGCCAGGGGUACGGGAGGGCCAUCCUCCGUGGUCCAGUGUCCGGCCCGGGGACAGGGUACAGGAGGGCCAUCUCUGUGUGUCUGCCCGGGGAUACAGGAGGGCAGGGUACAGAGGCAUCCGUGGUCAGUGUCAGCCGGGAUAGGAGGGCAUCCUCGUGGUCAGUGUCCGGCCUGGGAUACAGGAGGGGCAUCCUCCGUGGUCAGUGUCCGGCCCGGUACAGGGAGGGCCAUCCUCCGUGGUCAGUGUCCGGCCCAGGGGUACAAGAGGGCCAGGGUACGGAGGCCAUCCUCCGUGGUCAGUGUCCGGCCCCGGGGUACAGGAGGCCAGGGUACAGGAGGGCCAUCCUCCGUGGUCAGUGUCCGGCCCCGGGGAUACAGGAGGGCCAUCCUCCGUGGUCCAGUUUCGGCCCGGGGUACAAGAGGGCCAGGGUACGGGAGGCCAUCCGUGGUCAGUGUCGGCCCGGGGGUGGAGGGCCAGGGUACAGGAGGGCCAUCCGUGGUCAGUUCGGCCCGGGGUACAGGAGGCCAGGGUACAGGAGGCCAUCCUCCGUGGUCCAGUGUCCGGCCCCGGGGGUACAGGAGGCUCGUGGUCGUGUCGCCCGGAGGGAGGGUGAGGGGCUCUGUGGUCAGUGUCUGCGGGGUACAGGAGGGCCAGGGUACAGGAGGGCCAUCCUCCGUGGUCCAGUGUCCGGCCCCGGGGAUACAGGAGGCCAGGGUACAGGAGGGCCAUCCUCCGUGGUCAGUGUCCGGCCCUGGGGAUACAGGAGGCCAUCCUCCGUGGUCAGUGUCCGGCCCCGGGGAUACAAGAUGGCCAGGGUACAGGAGGGCCAUCCUCCGUGGUCAGUGUCCGCCCGGGAUCAGGGAGGGCCAUUCCGGUGGUGGCGGGAUACAGGAGGGCCAUCCUCCGUGGUCCAGUGUCCGGCCCCGGGGAUACAGGAGGGCCAUCCUCCGUGGUCCAGUGUCCGCCCGGGGGUACAGGAGGGCCAGGGUACAGGAGGGCAUCCUCCGUGGUCCAGUGUCCGGCCCCGGGAUACAGGAGGCCAUCCUCCGUGGUCCAGUGUCCGGCCCUGGGACAGGAGGCCAGGGUACAGGAGGGCCAUCCUCCGUGGUCCAGUGUCCGGCUCCGGGGAUACAGGAGGGCCAGGGACAGGAGGGCCAUCCUCCGUGGUCCAGUGUCCGGCCCUGGGAUACAGGAGGGCCAUCCUCCAUGGUCCAGUGUCCGGCUCCGGGGAUACAGGGGGCCAGGGUACAGGAGGGCCAUCUCCGUGGUCAGUGUCCGGCCCCGGGGUACAGGGCCAUCUCCGUGGUUCAGUGUCGCCCGGGAUACGGAGGGCCAUCCUCCGUGGUCCAGUGUCCGGCUCCGGGGGAUACAGGAGGGCCAGGGUACAGGGGGGCCAUCUCCGUGGUCCAGUGUCCGGCCCCGGGAUACAGGAGGGCCAUCCUCCGUGGUCAGUGUCCGGCCCAGGGGUACAAGAGGGCCAGGUUACAGGAGGGCCAUCCUCCGUGGUCAGUGUCCGGCCCGGGGAUACAGGAGGGCCAUCCUCCGUGGUCAGUGUCGGCCCGGGGACAAGAGGGCCAGGGUACAGGGAGGGCCAUCUCUCCGUGGUCCAGUGUCCGGCUCCGGGGGUACAGGAGGGCCAGGGUACAGGAGGGCCAUCUCUGUGGUCAGUGUCGGCCCCGGGGAUACAGGAGGGCUAUCUCGUGGAGGCCAGGUUACAGGAGGGCUAUCUCUGUGGUCAGUGUCUGCCCCGGGGAUACAGGAGGGCCAUCCUCCGUGGUCAGUGUCUGCCUGGGGUACAAGAGGCCAGGUACAGGAGGGCCAUCCUCCGUGGUCCAGUGUCCGGCCCGGGGUACAGGAGGGCCAGGGUACAGGAGGGCCAUCCUCCGUGGUCAGUGUCUGGCCCCGGGGGUACAGGAGGCCAUCCUCCGUGGUCAGUGUCCGCCCCGGGGUACAGGAGGGCCAUCCUCCGUGGUCAGUGUCUGCUCCUGGGGGUACAAGAGGGCCAGGUACAGGAGGGCCAUCCUCCGUGGUCAGUGUCCGCCCUGGGUACAGGAGGCCAUCCUCCGUGGUCCAGUGUCCGCUCCGGGGUACAGGGAGGCCAGGGUACAGGAGGCCAUCCUCCGUGGUCCAGUGUCCGCCUGGGGACAGCAGGAGGGCCAUCUCCGUGGUUCAGUGUCUGCUCCGGGGGUAAGAGGCUAGGGACAGGAGGGCCAUCCUCCGUGGUCAGUGUCCGCCCUGGGGUACAGGAGGGCCAGGCAUGGGAGGCCAUCCUCCGUGGUCAGUGUCUGGCCCUGGGGGUACAGGAGGGCCAUCCUCCGUGGUCAGUGUCCGGCCCGGGGAUACAGGAGGAGGGGAUGGGAGGGCCAUCCUCCGUGGUCAGUGUCCGGCCCGGGGGUACAAGAGGGCCAGGGCAUGAGGGCAUCCUCCGUGGUCAGUGUCCGGCUCCGGGGUACAGGAGGCCAGGGUACAGGAGGGCCAUCCUCUGUGGUCCAGUGUCCGGCUCCGGGGACAAGAGGGCAGGGUGGGAGGGCAUCCUCCGUGUGUCGGCCCCGGGGAUACAGGAGGCCAUCCUCCGUGGUCCAGUGUCCGGCUCCGGGGGUACAAGAGGGCCAGGGUACAGGAGGGCCAUCCUCCGUGGUCAGUGUCCGCCCCGGGGACAGGAGGGCCAGGGUACAGGAGGCCAUCUCCGUGGUCCAGUGUUCGGCUCCGGGGGUACAAGAGGGCUAGGUACAGAGGCCAUCCUCCGUGGUCAGUGUCCGCCCUCAGGGGUACAGGAGGGCCAGGGCAAAGGAGGCCAUCCUCCGUGGUCAGUGUCUGCCCAGGGGCAGGCAAGAGGGCUAGGUGCUAGAGGGCCAUCCUCCGUGGUCAAAGUUCGGCUCCCGGGGAUACAGGGAGGGCCAUCUCCGUGGUUCAGUGUCUGCCGGGGUACAAGAGGGCAGAGGGUACAGGAGGCCAUCCCUCCGUGUCCAGUGUCCGGCCCGGGGGUACAGAGGGCCAGGGUACAGGAGGGCCAUCCUCCGUGGUCAGUGUCCGGCCCCAGGGAUACAGGAGGGCCAUCCUCCGUGGUCAGUGUCCGGCUCAGGGGGGUACAAGGGCCAGGUACAGGGAGGCCAUCCUCCGUGGUCCAGUGUCCGGCCCCCAGGGGUACAGGAGGGCCAGGGGUACGGGGCCAUCCUCCGUGGUCAGUGUCCGGCCCCAGGGGUACAAGAGGGCAAGGGUACAGGGAGGGCCAUCCUCCGUGGUCAGUGUCCGGCCCAGGGAUACAGGAGAAUCCUCGUGGUCAGUGUCCGGCCCCGGGGGUACAAGAGGGCCAGGGUGGGAGGGCCAUCCUCCGUGGUCAGUGUCCGGCCCCAGGGAUACAGGAGGCCAUCCUCCGUGGUCAGUGUCGGCCGCAGGGGUACAAGAGCAGAGUAGGGAGGGCCAUCCUCCGUCAAUCGGCCCCGAGGAUACGGAGGCCAUCUCAAGAUCGUGUCGCCCAGGGAUACAGAGCCAUCCUCCGUGGUCAGUGUCCGCUCCGGGAUUACAGGAGGGCCAGGGUACAGGAUCAGUAUCGGCCCAGGGAUACGGAGGGCCAUCCUCAAUGGUCAGUGUCCGCUCAGGGCACAAGAGGGCAAGGUACAGGAGGCCAUCCUCCGUGGUCAGGUGUCGGCGGGGAUACAGGAGGCCAGGGUACGGGAGGCCAUCCUCCAAUCAGUCCAGUCCGGCUCCGGGGUACAAGAGGGUGCGCGGGGUACAGGAGGCCAUCCUCGUGGUCCGAUGUCCCCCGGCCCCAGGGUACAGGAGGGCCGGGUACAGGAGGCCAUCCUCGUGGUCAGUGUCCGGCGGGGGUACAAGAGGGCCAGGGUACAGGAGGGGCCAUCCUCCGUGGUGAUGUCCGGCCCCGGGGAUACAGGAAGGAGCCAUCCUCCGUGGUCAGUGUCGGCGGCCCCAGAAAUUUUAAGAGGGCCCCGCGCAGGGGUACCAGGAGGGCCAUCCUCCGUGGUCGGUACUUCGGCUCCGGGGUACGGGAGGGCAGGGGUACAGGAGGGCCAUCCUCCGUGGUCGAUGUCGGCCCGGGGAUACAGGAGGAGCCAUCCUCCGUGGUCAGUGUCCGGCUCCGAAAUUUUACCAAGAGCCAGGGUACAGGAGGGCCAUCCUCCGUGGUCAGUGUCCGGCCCCAGGGGUACAGGGCCAGGGUACAGAGGCCAUCCUCCAUCUCAGUCAAUGUCCGGCGAAAGGGUACAAGGGCCAGGGUACAGGAGGCCAUCCUCCGUGGGAGCUGGGGGCAGGGGUACGGAGGCCAUCCUCCGUGGUCAGUGUCCGGCCCGGGGAUACAGGAGGCCAUCCUCCGUGGUCAGUGUCGGCGGGGAUACAGGAGGGCCCAUCCUCCGUGGUCAGUGUCCGGCUCCGGGAAUACAGGAGGGCCAGGGUACCCAGAGGCCCAUACUCCGUGGUCAGUGUCAGCCCCGGGGAUACAGGAGGCCAUCCUCCGUGGUCAGUGUCCGGCCCCAGAGGCUGGGGCCAGGGUACAGGAGGGCCAUCCUCCGUGGUCCAGUGUCAGCCCCCGGGGAUACAGGAGGCGCCUCCGUGAUGGUCCAGUGUCCCGGCCCGGGGGGUACAAGAGGGCAGGAGUACAGGCCAUCCUCCGUGGUCAGUGUCGGCAGGGAUGGGAGGACCCACUCGUGGUCAGUCGCUCCGGGGUACAGGAGGGUACUGGGAGGAGCCCGUCCUCCGUGAUCCAGUGUCCCGGCCCCGAGGAUACAGGAGGCCUCCUCCGUGGUCAGUGUCCCGGCCCAGGCACAGGGAGGGCCAGGGGUGCAGGAGCCUCCUCAAUGGUCAGUGUCAGCCCAGGGAUACAGGAGGGCCAUCCUCACGUGGUCAGUGUCCGGCCCCCAGGGGUACAGGAGGUGGGUACCAGGAGGGCCAUAUCCGUGGUCAAUGUCGGCCAGAGGUACAAGAGGGCCAGGAUGCGGAGGCCCAUCCUCCAUCAGUCCAGUGUCGGCCCCGGGGAUACAGGAGGGCCAUCCUCCGUGGUCAGUGUCCGGCCCGAGGUACAGGAGGGCCAGGGUACAGGAGAGGCCAUCCUCCGUGGUCAGUGUCCAGCCCGAGGGUACAAGAGGGCCAGGGUACAGGAGGCCAUCCUCCGUGCCGAGAGUCUGGGCAGCUUCAGUGAGAAGACAAGACCACUAUCAACAUUCUUCCUGACAGAGCGCGAACCUCUUCCUUUUCCGUCCCCCAGACUGCUCUCCCUGUGCCGCAGGCCAGCAUCACUUACAUACGCAUAUCUCAUGGGAGAUCUGACCAGCUCAGGACGAUGGCCUCCACCAGCUCACAUUACUUCCUGUGUGAGCCAUGCAAUACCGACUCCUCCAAGAAAAGAGAAACUACGCAAACUAAAUCUUGACAUUGCCAAACUAGAAGGAAUGUGA